AAACCCGCGGAGCCGACAUCUCACACCCCCUUUACCUGACGACGUGGCACGGCUGUUGUGGCACGGCUGUUGUACUCUAUUUCGUGAGCAGAUCCCCUAGAAACCUUGUGCACUUAACCUGUCGAAGUAUCAAUGAAGUUGCUGAAGGAUGGUUUUGUAUUUCCCCAUCAUGACCCCAGCAACCGGGGGCAACGUAUGGAUAUGGACACCGCCACUGUCUCGACACCGGCGCGCCAAAGCUUGGGGACUCGUCCUGCGGUGACACCGACACAAUCGGCCAAGAAGGAUGAAGACGAGAGGCGUAAGCGCCGAACCUCCGGACCGCGCGCGGUCGGCACAGACGCUCAGCAGGCCACACACGACUCCACGAAGGGGAAUGGGCCGAACUACCCUUGCGGGUUUAAACCAGGUAGGGAGGGAAGCGACGGGGCGAAGCUGCCUGUGUACAUGUUCCUCCAGCAAGGCGCCCUGGAGGAGGGCGUGCAAGAACACACCACCGCUGAAGUGCACGCUCAUGUUGCCCGGUGGUGGUCUAGCUACGCGGACAGCAACGAGGACCGCGCUUUUACUGGGAACCGCACCUCGACCGGCAAAAUCUUGGCUUCGGUGGUCAAGGCCGAUUUAUACAUCCCGCGCCAGGACGAGGACCUCGCCUUCUACUACGGACUCAAGAAAAGCUUCUCUGGAUGGGCGGAGGAGUACAGUGCUGACGGCUCAUGGAAGUUCAAGACUAGCAAGGGUGGAACGCCCGUCUCGGUGAGCCUAUCCUGGUGA